UGGCUCCUCCCUCUCUUUUAUCUUUAUAACAGCGUUGAACGCCUGGGAGCGUUCAGUGCUCCAGCAGUUUGUCUGCCUGUUCAUCGAGUCGCUUCUGCUAACACCCAGUCAGACAACCGGAACUAGGCGAGGCCGAAGGAAUUGCUGUAGCAGGAGGUUUCCCUUAGUAGAUAUUUCUGCUCCAAUGGACAAAGGUCUUCACUUCGUGUUCUGUGUGGUUACAACCGUGCUGCUCCUGAGAGAAUCAAGCCAGACAGGAACUACAAGGAAUGACGAUGCUGUGAGUAAGGGCACUGACUUAAGGGGACCUGAAGAGUCUCUUCCAACCUUGACUGUCACAACAAUCCUGGAAGAUCCCUAUGUCAUGGUGAGAAGUGCGGAACUGGAGGGCUACUGCAUCGAUCUGCUGAAAGCACUCGCCACGAUGCUCCGCUUCAGCUACAGGGUGAAGGUGGUGGGCGACGGGCGGUACGGCGCCGUCACUUCCAGUGGCAACUGGACAGGGAUGAUCGGCGAAAUUUUGCGACAGGAAGCAGACAUUGCAGUGGCUCCUCUGACAGUCACCUCAGCGAGGGAAGAGGUGGUCUCCUUCACCACACCGUUCCUGCAGACCGGGAUUGGGAUCUUGCUUCGAAAAGACACGGUCUCGCAGGAGAUGUCUUUCUUCCACUUCCUGGCUCCUUUCAGUAAGGAGACCUGGACUGGCCUUUUAUUUGCUUAUGUGCUGACGUGCUUCUGCCUCUUUCUUGUUGCCAGACUGAGCCCCUGUGAAUGGAACGAGCCCAAGAAUGAAGAGAACCACUUUACCUUCUUAAACAGCCUCUGGUUUGGAGCAGGAGCACUUGCCCUGCAAGGUGUCACCCCUCGGCCCAAAGCACUCUCUGUGCGGGUCAUUGCUGCAGUCUGGUGGCUCUUCACCAUCACCCUGCUGGCUGCCUACAUCGCCAACUUCACUGCGCUGCUGAGCUCUGGCAGCGAGCAGCUCCCAAUCCAGACUUUUGAAGAUCUUGUGAAGCAAAGAAAGCUUGAGUUCGGGACACUGGACGGCUCCUCUACUUUCUACUUUUUCAAGAACUCCAAGAAUCCCAUCCACCAGAUGAUCUACGAAUAUAUGGACAAGAGACGAGACCGUGUUUUAGUCAAAACCUACCAGGAGGCUGUUCAGCGUGUGAUGGAAUCCAACUACGCCUUCAUCGGGGAAUCCAUCUCUCAGGACCUUGCAGCUGCCAGGCACUGCCAUUUGAUCAGGGCCCCUGAAGUUAUCGGAGCCAGAGGAUUCGGCAUUGCCACCACCCAGGCGUCCCCGUGGACCAAGAAGCUCUCCAUCGCCGUCCUCAAGCUGCGGGAAUCGGGGGAUCUCGACUACCUGCGCAACAAGUGGUGGGAGAGCAGCUGCCUUCACAAAAGCAGAGAGCGGUGGAGCCCCCUGCAGCCCCAGGCUCUGGGUGGGCUCUUCCUGACGCUGGGGAUCGGCCUGGCCCUGGGCGUGAUCGCGGCCGUGCUGGAGCUCUCCCACAAGAGCAGGCGUGCUGCCGGGCACGCGAAGAAAUCCUGUUGCUCCGUUUUCACAGAAGAAAUGUGCACGCGUCUACGUAUAAAAGAAAAUACAAGACAAAGCCAGGAGACUUCAGGGAGGGCUAAUGCUUAAGAUUUUUUUUUGCUUAAGGAAUGGGCACGUGUUAGGUUUAUACCAUACAUAUCUCAUAGGAACUACAUCAAUGUAGAAAGAUGUUUUUCUGCAAGUCUAGAGGGUUAGUUUUCUAAUUACAAACACACACAGAGAGCACUUUUGGAUUGGCGGUGGAGCUGGAUAUUGGAAGAAUUUGAAUUGAUAAGGGAUAGAGUGUAGUCUUAAAGACAAGGGAGGUUAACAACUUGGUAAAAUAAAGUUGAGAUGGCGAAGGUGGUGGAGCCAUAUUUAGUUUAGAAGUUUACUAUAUGCAAGUACAUGAACGCCUGUAGGAGUAAGUGACUUGGGGUAGGUUAGUAAGAAGCCUCUGCUUACUAAUUACAGAACGAGGUACAAUCUUGAGAAAUUAAAGCUCUCAUCUGCCUGUUCUCAUCAGGAACAACUGCUGCUUACACAGGGCAGUUGCAAAUAGGCUGUACCCUUCCCCUCUUCUAAGCAGAAGAUGCUGGUCACUGUGAAGGUCAUUUCUGAAUCAGAAACAACAGGACUGUGGCAUAAACCCCAAAAGUGCAGGGCUUGACUUAACUCUGCAGUGGCCUAAAACCCGAGAAAGGGAGCCCACGCAAUUAGGGGACCACGAGACUUAAGAACUGCAAGACACAGACUUGUCCUUUCUCACUUCCCAGCGCAGGGUGAGCUUCCCUGUUCAGCUACAGAGGAGGUUUUGUCCGAGUUAACCUGAUCAAGGAGGAUUUAGCAAGAAAACUGACAGCUGAAAUCCAGCAGUUCCAGAGCACAAAGUCCAGUCACCAGGCAAUUAAAACAAGGUACAGGGUCACCGGGCAAGGGCGAGGCAGUGAGUGAUGGGCAGUUUGCAUUGUUCUCUUGCUCUCGGAGAAGAAUCUUUGAAAUUCAUGGGGAACAGUUCUCUCAGCUGCCUAUGAAACAGUUUCCUAAUAAAGCUGUUUUUCAUUUCAGAGCUGGAACGACUGAUGCAAACACGUGUUGGUUUGCAAAGUCGUGGUUAAAUUGCUCCGUUUAUGUACUGCACAUCUGAUGGGGGGGGAAAGCAAAUUCAGUUACUUGGAAAUGGCUUUAACUUCACUGCAUGAACAAAGAGGCCAGUUCCUACCGGUCCCAGCAUUAAAUAACUGAAGGCAACAGAAACUUAACGUGCCUGUGACAGGAAAAUAGCUGGGUGCUCCUG